UGGGAGGAGAAAAAAAGCGGAUUGUUUAGACUGUAGCAUCCAGCGUGAACAUCAGACCAGCUGACAGCCAAUGAGACUAGCAAUGCUAGGUGGCAUCCGUCGCCUCCCAACCAACUGCAACAUUUAUAACAGUGUCUAAACGGAAUGAGAGGCUUAGACGCUACAGGCCAAACAGAAAACAUGACUGAUACGGAAAAGAGGGAUUGUUCCUCAGCUAGGCAACGCAUACCCGAACAAAAUGGCGAAGCUACAUGGGUAGAUGAUGUUUUUGAUGAAUCCUAUAAAGAGAAAGAGGGUUUGGUGAUUCCAAUGAAGAUAGUAUGGAGAAAUGUUGUGCUGAUGGCUUUACUGCACAUCGGAGCUGUUCACGGACUGACCCUCGUCCCUUCUGCUAAAGCUUUUACACUGUUAUGGGCUUGGAUCUGUUUCCUGAUUAGUGCCAUGGGAGUGACAGCUGGAGUACAUCGGCUCUGGAGCCACAGGUCCUAUAAAGCUAAACUGCCAUUAAGAGUCUUCUUAGCCAUUGCAAACUCUAUGGCUUUUCAGAAUGAUAUCUAUGAGUGGAGUAGAGACCACCGUGCCCACCACAAGUAUUCAGAGACCAAUGCAGACCCCCAUAAUGCCAAAAGGGGCUUCUUCUUUUCUCAUAUUGGCUGGCUGUUGGUACGUAAGCACCCAGACGUCAUUGAGAAGGGGAGCAAGCUGGACCUCAGUGACCUCAAGGCAGAUGGUGUUGUUAUGUUCCAGAGAAGGCAUUAUAAGUUGUCUGUAGUGGUGAUGUGCUUCCUCGUUCCCACACUGGUGCCGUGGUACUUCUGGGGGGAAAGUCUGAGCCUGGCUUUCUUCAUCCCAGGCCUGCUAAGAUACGCUGUGACCCUUAAUGCCUCCUGGCUGGUUAACAGUGCUGCCCACAUGUGGGGCAUGAGGCCCUUUGACCGCAACAUCAACCCCAGAGAGAACAAAUUUGUUGCCUUCAGUGCUGUAGGGGAAGGCUUCCAUAACUACCAUCACACAUUUCCAUAUGACUAUGCUACCAGUGAGUAUGGCAGUGUGCUGAACUUCACCAAGAUGUUCAUUGAUUUUAUGAGUUACAUUGGCCUUGCCCAAGACUGCAAGAAGCCGUCUCAUGACACAAUCCUGGCUCGGAUUCAACGCACCGGUGAUGGCAGUCACAAAAGUGGCUAAGUCAUUUCUAACAUUUCAGAAGCCAAAAUGUGUCAUAGGAAGCUAAACCAAUAUCUAAAUAUAUUUGUGCAGUGAUGUGUGCAGCAAAGGUCCUAGUACUGUCUCCAUCCUUACAGUGAAUUAAGAAUUCCUGUUUUGAUUACACAGACUAAGGACCACUGUUUCAUUUUUUGGCAUAUUUUAUUAAGAAACUAUAUGUACUUUAGCACUGGAAAGUUUAAUUUGGAAAAAUGAUUCGCUCUAACUCUAAAGUACUGUAACAGUAUUGCUUAAGCAGUGCAUUCAGCUAAACCUAAUCGAUAUCACUGUUUGUUUAGAAUAUAAAAUUCACAUUGGCUUCAGAAAAUCAUUCCGAUAUACUAUGCAAGCUAUACAGUUACAGCUUAUAUAACAUCACGUAUAUUAAUCCCUUUGGCAUUUUUGGAUUACUUCAAGUCGUCAUAAAGUGAUAAAAGUGAAAGAAGUGACAGAACGGAUACAAGAAACAAAAUUUUAAAGCAACAGAUAAAGGUUUCUCUGCGCACUGAUACUGUUGAGUUGCACACUGACACAUUUUAUUGUAAAUUCAAAAAAUUCCAAAUUUUAUGUUCAAAAAAGGACAACUAUGCUGGCCUUCAGAUUUCAAUUUAUAUAAACAAAAAUUUAUUGUUAAUAAAUUAUUGUUAAUUUAUAGUUAACACUGUAUGACCUACUCAGAACACUGAAAAAAAAAAUCGUAUUUUGAUACCACUGCUCAAAAUAUAUAUAUAAAUUAUAUAUAUAUAUACUGUAUAAAAAUCUUUCAUUACUCACAGUGAAAUGAAAUUACAUAGAUACUGGCACCCCUGAAUUUAGUGAACAUUCCUAUUAGCAAGAUCAGAAUAAUCUGGCUUCAUUUUUUAAUGAAGUAGGAGACCAUUAAAUUAUUUUUAUAAGCUUUCAACCAUCAACUCCUCUGCAUUUCUGCCUAAAAAUGGGAUUCAGGUCAGAGGACAAAAAUUUAAACCUUGCCAUGCAGUGCAUUAUGUCUUCAUAAAUUGCACUUACAUUCUUAAAAGCACAGCUAAGCUUUUCAGACAGGGUUAGCUCUUUUAUCACAGAGGGAGCUAACCAACAUAACCAGUUAAAAUGACCACUAGCUAAGAGUUUAACUUAAGUUGCCUGUCAAUAGUACAUUAGCUAGUUAAACUGAAUCAUGGGAUCACCAUUUGGCACACUGAUAAAUGUUAGUUACAGAGCUGGCAAUUAACUUACACAUGUAAACCUACUCCUACACAGAGCAGGAACAGUUCAAGGGAUAAUUCUGUCCACCAUAUUUUUCAAACCUUCAUUGAGCUCUAGUCCAGUGAACAGCGUUAUCAGAUUGCCUUCACUACAAAAGAUAUAUUAAGAAGAUGAAUGCAUUAGGCUGCCUCCUGAGUAGGACAGUAUUCCUCUAGGCAGUGUGCAAAUGCUGCCCAGAAAAACUGUCUAUGCAGCUGAAUUAAACUAAAUGAUCAAUAGUGAUCAUAUUUUAAAGUGUUUAAAGUAAUAACAAGAAAGUGAGUACUGCAUAGUGGUAUAUGGUAUAGCUCAGCUCAUAUCUUUUCUUUUCUAUAUGACCAUCGCUAUUUAAUGCUAAGACCACAGAACUCCACAUACUGUAAUUUGAUGAAAGCAGAGGAUUUUCUGUUGUUUUUUUUUCUUCUGGCAUAUGGGCCUUGUCAUCGCGAAAUUUAACAACUGUUAUGAUUUUUUUUCCAACCAAUUUUCUGAAUUGUAUGUGGGGAGAAAUAUAUAUGUACUAUUUUAUGCUGAGUUGUUUCUAAGUAUAAAUUUAUGCAUAUCCAUUUAUUUAAGAAUGUGUAACAUACUUGCUUGCAUAAGAAUUUUGAAGGUUGUCCAUAAUUUCAACAGACAUAUAUUUUUAAUGAAAAUUAUUUAUUUGAUUCCUUUCAUACAUGAAUGUAAGAUCAAGAUAAAAAUGUCUCCCACAACCAUCCUUAGACUGUCUAACAACAAUCACUGUGGGCCCUUUCUGUGUUUUUCUGUAAUUAAGCUGUUCUAUAUUACAGAAACUCCUUAUCAAAUACAGUAGGCCUAUAUAGGCUACUUGCUGUAUGUUUUCUCACAGUAACCACUGAUGUUUAUUAAAAAUAAAAUGAUUAUUUAUUAUUAUUCCUCUCCAUAUUUUACAGCAGGUUUUACCUGUAUGGAAGCCUUAAAGUAAGGUCAAGGAAAGUUGUCACUUUAUGUACAAUUGAAUAAAUGAAAAUUUCUAAAAGAA